GUAAGGACUUGUAUUAAGUUUGUGUCCGACUUUCUUAGCAUAUAUUUUUUUUUUUUUUUUUUUUGAUAAGCAACUUUCUUAGCAUAUAAUUUGGUGAGAGUUCUGAAACCCUUUAUAGAAAGUUGGUAGAAUCCUUUUACUAUGAUGUUGGAUUUGAAUUUAUUUUUGUACUCUCAUUAAUAAAUUUUUCGCUUUAUAAAAAAUAAAAUAGAGAAAACCCCUCUUGUUUGAUUUCUGAAUGAAGAAAACUUGUCAUAUUAAUAGAGUGAUGAACAAAAAACCCAUACAUAGUAUAGUAGUAUAUGCCAAGUGUUUAUGACAUUCCAAACUUUUGAAUCAAACAUACAAGUCUUCCAUUCCUACCAACACCAACCGAAGAGUAAUGGAAUCAAUUCUUUCCACAGCAUAAAGCUGCAAAACUUACAAUCUUACAUUAUAUUCUCACCCCUAGUCCAAAGGAAGAAGAAAAGCACCCAAAAAAAAGUUGUAAAUAGUACCAAUUAAACAUUCAUACUAAAACUCAUAAUGUAAAUGCAUAUAUAUAGGUUUGGAAAGAUAUGUUAAUUAGGAAAGCAAAUAGAAACUAAAAGAAACUAGAAAAUGGGAUUAGGAUUGUUCAAAGUUUUUUUUUGUUGUACCACAAAUCAAGACAUUCCCAUUGUUUCUUCCGAUUCAGAGUCCUCUCCUCGGCAUAGCUCUGGCUAUGGCUACAAACAACCAAUGCUGCCAAUUAGUCCCAAAAAAUCUCCAUCUUCUACUAGUAAUCCACAAAUUGGACAAAUUUUAGGGAAACCUUACGUUGUAAUAACCCAAAUGUACGAGAUGAACAAAGAGCUCGGACGAGGUCAAUCAGGCGUGACAUAUUUAUGUACCGAGAAAAGAACUGGGAGAGAAUACGCGUGCAAAUCGAUAUCAAGGGCAAAACUGUUGAGUGAUCAAGAGAUAGAAGAUGUAAGAAGAGAGGUUAUGAUUCUGCAACAUCUCUCGGGGCAACCGAAUAUAGUUGAAUUCAGAGGAGCUUAUGAGGACAAACAGAAUGUGUAUUUGGUGAUGGAGGUUUGCAAAGGAGGUGAACUUUUCGAUCGAAUUAUUGCUAAAGGGAACUAUACCGAGCGUGAAGCAGCUACUAUCAUGAGACAGAUUGUGAAUGUGGUGCAUGUGUGCCAUUUCAUGGGUGUUAUGCAUCGUGAUCUUAAGCCUGAGAAUUUCUUACUUGCUUCACAGGAUGAGAAUGCUACCGUUAAAGCUACUGAUUUUGGACUCUCCAUUUUCCUUGAAGAAGGUAAAGUAUAUAAAGAGCUUGUUGGAAGUGCAUACUAUGUAGCUCCAGAGGUGUUAAAACGGAAUUAUGGAAAGGAGAUUGAUGUCUGGAGUGCAGGAGUUAUUUUAUAUAUCCUCUUAUGUGGGGUGCCUCCAUUUUGGGCUGAAACCGAAAAAGGCAUAUUUCAAGCUAUUUUGGAAGGUAAGCUCGAUCUGGAGAGUGCACCGUGGCCUUCUAUUUCAGCUGCUGCAAAAGAUUUGAUCAGGAAAAUGCUGAGUUAUGACCCUAAGAAACGCAUUACAGCUUCUGAUGCCCUUGAACACCCAUGGAUGAAGGAAGGUGGCGAGGCAUCAGACAAGCCUUUAGACAAUGCUGUUUUAAUUAGGAUGAAACAGUUCAGAGCAAUGAACAAGAUGAAGAAACUUGCUUUAAAGGUAAUAGCAGAAAACCUUUCAGAUGAAGAAAUCAAGGGAUUGAAACAAAUGUUCAACAAUAUUGAUACUGAUCGAAGUGGCACAAUCACGUAUGAAGAACUCAAAUCUGGACUGUCCAAAUUGGGAUCCAAGCUUAAUGAAUCUGAAAUAAAGCAGCUAAUGGAUGCUGCUGACGUUGACAAGAAUGGAACUAUUGACUAUCAUGAAUUCAUUACUGCCACUAUUAAUCGGCAUAAACUUGAGAGGGAAGAGAAUUUGUUCAAGGCUUUUCAAUACUUUGACAAGGAUAACAGCGGUUAUGUAACAAGAGAAGAACUUAGACAAGCUUUGGCUGAAUAUCAAAUGGGAGAUGAAGCAACUAUAGAUGAAGUCAUUGAUGAUGUUGACACUGACAAUGAUGGGAGAAUUAAUUACCAGGAGUUUGUAGCUAUGAUGAAAAAGGGAACCUUGGAUAAUGAUGACAAAGAGAAACCGCAAUAAUUGUGUGAUGUAUUUGCGAUAAAAACAGUGUGUUUUCUGGAUUUUUCUUGCUGUGUUAUGGUUUUCCUGCUUGGGAUUGAACUACUCUUAAAUAGGUCAGCAUGUGUGCUUGUGUAAAAUUAUAUGGCACUUGAAAUGCAAAACAUUGUACAGCUAUCUGGUAAAUAAGCUACAUGAUGUACCCAAAGAAUAUACUCGUAAAUAAAAUUCUGAAGUCCAAGACAUAAGUACACUAAAAAUUAUAGUGGCCAUUUGUCUUUUGACAGUUAGUUAA